UUAAACUACUCAACUCAACUCAGACCUUGUUUUAGAUCCCGAAACUGCACAGUUCUGCAAUUCCGUCAUCACCAUGGACACCGAAGGCUUAUCAGUAAUCUGCUCCGGCCUCGGAACCGUCGAAGAGGACGAUGAAGGCAAUCGAGUUGGCUUUACCAAAGGCGAACACUGUCUUGAUAACCUGAAAGAUUUGCUGCGGUUUCUUAGGCGCGACGAUCCCCAAACGCGCGAUGUCUUCAAGCAAGUUUGCAAAUGGAACAUAGUUUCUAAGUAUUUGAUACCCACCAUCGAGAUUUAUCACGAAGAUCGCAACUUGCUUCUGAAUUCAGUAAAGGUACUGGUGUUUCUUACGAUGCCGGUUGAGCCUUCUUCCACGGAUAUACCUCAACAGUUGGAGUAUCUGUGGGGUUUGAAGUCUGCUGUGACGAACAGUGAUGUCGCUGCAGUGAUAGUUUCGUUUCUAGAGAGGCCGCUUGAGAAUCUUGAACGCGACACAUUUAGCGAGGAUGAUUGGAAACUAGUCCAGCUUGUGCUUACAUUAUUUAGAAAUAUUCUUGCUGUUCAAGAAAUUCCGUUGCACCAGAAGUCAGGGGGACUAGCGUGUCAGUUUCUAUCUCUGAGAGACCAGUUUCUAGAGCUUUUAUUUCGCGAGAAUGUAAUGGAUAUAAUCUUGGUUAUUACUCAAUAUGUUGGUGGUUCUAAUGCUUAUCUCCGUCAAGAUAACUUGCUUCUACUAGAAAUUUUCCAUUACAUUUUCAUGGGUCAGGACCCGGAGUUAAUUAUUAGGGCACAUUCGAAGGGAUCAAAGGCAGAUGAAGAUCCCCAGGCUUCUCUUAAUAGUCUCCACCAGUUCAUCUUGGAGGAGGAAAAGAAUAGAAAAAAUAGUAGUAAGAUCAAAAAUCUUAGUAGACAUUCGCAAUUCAGUGGAACAUUUUCUCGGCUUACAAUGGAUGGUUCUAAGGCAGUGGUUAAAGGAAAUCCUAAUUCUUCUCAUAAUGUGCUGCUUAAAGCACACAAUGUCACUCGGGGUCCUACUAAAAGAAUUGCGUGGGAUCAUCCAAGGUUGCCUUCAACAAAGGAUAAGAUAUUGGAGUUGCUUCACGGAUUUGUGAAUCAGUUGCUUUCUGGGGGAUACAAUGUUUUGAUGCAAUCCAUCCGUGAAGACAUCGCAAAGGAACAUCCCUCAAUUCAAAGAAGUGAUGUUGUUGUUUUCUUUCAAGUGGCUGAAUUUGUCAUUGCGUUUCAGUUUUACAAAUGUUCAGCUUCUAAGGAGGGAGGAGACACAUUUGAGAAUUUUGGUGAUAAAGAUGCAGUUACCUCAGAUUUCAGUGGUCAAAUUUGUGGUCCAAUUGCAGCAUCCUUGAAUGAGGAAAUGUUUCAAAUGGUCAUUUCACAGUGGCGGAAUGCCUAUGAUGGUCUAAAGGAAACAAAUGACCACCAGUUUCUAUCUGCAGCUGGUUCUCUUUUGAAAAACAUGAUUCGCAUGCUGGAUUUGAUACUUAAAUUGUUGCCUGAAGACUCAAAGGAGCCACAAACAGCUCGUAUCCUUCUGUACAAGUUAACUUAUGAUCAGACCGAGGAAGGGAUGACACAAUUCCUAUUGAAUUUGAUGAAAACUUUUGACACCCACAAGCAACCAAAAAGUGAUCUUUCAGAUUUGGUAGAAAUCAUUCAUAAGGUUGUAAAGCUGAUGGAUAGUCUUCAGUCUCGAGGAACAUUGAGGGUGUCGAGAAAAUCAAGGAAAGUGAAAAAGAAAAAAAUUCCAGAAGGAACGGAAUCGGGGGACAAACUGACUGGAGAUAAUUCUUGCAUUCAAAAUGAAACGGGCAUCUCAACUGUCAAUCAAUCAGCAGAAAAUGAGCUACUGCAGGAAUGUCUACCAAAUCCAAAUCCAAAUCCCACCGGGGAGGAUGUUGCCCUUGAUGAUAAUGAACAUGAAAAACAUGUUCAAGAAGAUGAGAACCCCCAAGUUGAGUUGGAACCAAUGGAAGCCACGUAUCCUGAACAUGUUAAUGAGGACAUGUUGGAUGGUACUAAUGAUUAUUCUGAAGAUGAGCAACUAAAUGCAAUUAAUGAAGUUGAUUUCAAGGUUUCAACGCUUGUCUCUGCCUUUGCAAAUCAUAGUAUCAUUCAGAAAUUGUGCUGGUUGCUCAAGUUUUAUAAGAGCAAUUCCCUUGCUACAAAUCAUUACAUAAUAAGCAUGUUGCGGAGAAUAAGUGAUGAUCUUGAACUCCAACCUAUGUUUUACCAGUUAUCGCUGCUCACAACAUUUUAUGACAUCCUGGUUGAACAAAAGUCAUCUCCCUGCCAGGAAUAUGCAGAUAUAGUUGAUUUCCUGAAUUGUUUGGUCAGAAAUAUGCUAAAGAAAAUGAAAAAACAACCCCUCUUGUUUGUAGAAGUCCUUUUCUGGAAGACUCAAAGGGAAUGUCAUUACAUGAAUGCUGAAUAUUUGUUGAGCGAGCUUGGUCAUUUGAAGAAAGAAAGUACCAAGUGGAAUAACACUGCACAAGAUGAAAAAGUUGGUCUAUCCCCAGCGAAGGUGUGGACUCGUAGAAGCAUAGCUGAUGCACUUGGUGAGGACGAGGCUGAUGUUUUGAUUACUCAUGGCUCAGGAUAUAAAAAACUUGGUGAGGAUGACGCUGAUGGACUACUCUCGUUUUCUUUUGGUGCUAAUGGAAAAGAUGAUCAUAAUGGGGAGGAGCAAUUAAUGGAAGAUGAUUCUCAAAUAGUUCCACGGAGAAGGAAAAAACUUAUUCUUGAUGGCGAUUUGGAAGGACAAGUUAAGAAUCUCUAUGAAAAAUUCAAAGAUGACCGACAUUGCAGUCGGCGUAUAGCUGAAGUGUUAGAUCCAGAUGGUAAAAUUUCGCCUGCUCAAAUUUCCAAUACGUUAAAAAGAUUAGGUCUAACAGUUGCACGUAGGAGAAGGAUUGGUGAUAAUAAUGCUGAAGGACCUUUGUCUACUAGCCCCAAUCAAUUAGAUGCUGAGACAACAGUGGGAGAUACCAAUCAUAAAUCAGUGAAUCUCGAAAGAAGCCAGUUAGUUCAACACCUGCAAAAAAAGAAGAGACUCCGUGCUUUCAAUGAAGAUCAGGAAGCUCUGUUAAAAGUUCUAUAUGAGCAAUUCAAGGACCAUAGAAGAUGUAGUUACAUGAUAGCCAAUGCACUUGAUGAGGAUGGUAAAUUCACUCCUGCCCAAGUCUCUCGAAAACUUAAGCAGCUUGGUUUAUCACUACCUCAGAAGAAGAGUUCUAGAGGCAAAAAGCACCUAAAGGGUGUAGAUGUCAUGGAUAGUUCAAAUGAUAGGAUGGAUGAAUCUGAAGAUGAGACAUUGGUAUCAUUGGUAAAAAGGAAGAAAGUCGACAACGACAAUGUAUCAAGGGGACAAUCACAUGGGCAAACCAGCGAGGAUAGAUUGUCAACACAUGAUUUGGAUGACGAAACGCUCAGCUCUGUUAUCAAGAAGAAAAUAAAUAGCAAGGUAUCAGCUGAGAAAUUGCUUGCACCUAUCAGUGAGGAUACAUCAUCAAGAGAUGAUUCGGAUGACGAAAUGCUCAGCUCUGUUAUCAAGAAGAAAAUAAAUAGCAAGGUAUCAGCUGAGAAAUUGCUUGCACCUAUCAGUGAGGAUACAUCAUCAAGAGAGGAUUCUGAUGAUGAAAUACUCGACUCUGUUCUCAAAAGAACUGGAAGAUCCUUUCCUAAACCAAAGCAGGACAAGCUUGAAAAUACCCAAGUUGAUGAUCACCUUAAUGGAGACAUGUCAGAGGUUAUCGAAAUGGAAGAUGCUGAUUCCAUGAAUUCCUCCCAAGUAGAAUAUCAGCAAAUGGACGACUUAGCAGAUUCAGAGGAUGAUGUGGAUGUCAGUGCAUUUUCGGAGAAUGUGAGAUCCAGAAGGAAGCUUAGAAUGGUGAUUGAUCCCGAGGACGAUGACUGAAGGGAUACAGGUUUCUUUAUUUUUGCAAAUAUUUUCUUUAUUUUUAUUUUUGCAAAUAUUUUUAUACUUAACCGACUAUGUAAAGCUUGGACCCUUGUAAAAAUAGAAUUCCAUCUCCUAAGGUUUCUCCAAA